AUGCGUCUCCUACCACUGCCGGAUCUUCCCUCCUCGCUAACUGUCAGAUGCAUAUGCAUCUUUGCACUGCUGGCAUGUAUCCGCACCGCUCGGAGAUGGGCUCUACGUCGACAUGCUAUCUAUCCCCCGGGCCCUGCUGGAUUACCUUUCAUCGGUAAUACUCUGGGCGUGCUCAAGGAGAAGCCGUACAAGGUCUUUGCUCGAUGGGGCGAACAAUACGGCCAUAUCGUGUCGACAACGAUAUACGGGAGUCGCAUCAUCGUCAUCGACGGUUCCGAUGUCGCGGAGGACCUCUUGAACAAGCGUGCCGCCGCGUUCUCCGAUCGACCUUUCCGGGUCCCGACGCAUCCUCACAGAGCCGAGUACGAUGCAGCGCUCGCGUUCAUGUCUCAAGGAGAACCGAUGCGGGUGACGAGGAGGCAGAUGCACGACGCUCUCAACGCGCGCGCCGUCCCUCGGGAGCACCCGCAUCUCGAGUCAGCAACCCGCAAAUUUCUCCAUGAUGUUUUACACAACCCAAGCGGCCUUCACGGACACAUACACAUGCUGUACACGAGCACCAUCCUCGAAUUCACUCUCGGCUACCACGUACGAUCCGAGGAUGACGUCGUCUACGCGCUCUCCGAGAAGGUCGGCCACAACGCUAUGAGCAUGAUGACCCCCAGCCCGAAGUUCUGGUUCGAGCUCUUCCCAUUCUUCCAACAUCUUCCGAUCUGGGCAGCUGGAAGGCGAGCCGCACGCACCCUCUAUCAGUUUAGAGAUGAGCUCCGAACGCUCCUCGCGCUUUCGGAGGAUCAUGUACGAAAGACCCUCGGCCAACCCGACGCUCCUCCGUCUUUCCUAUCCAAACUGUUGCACGAUAAGGGUGAAAUAUCGGAAUCGGAGAAGAAGACGGCGCUGUUCUCUUCCGUGUCAUUAUAUGGAGGAGCCGUGGACACGACCAUCUCGCUCACCACCUCGUUCUUCCUCGCCAUGAUGCUCCAUCCUGAAGCCCAAGCCAAAGCGCAUGCCGAGAUUGAUCGCGUCGUCGGACGCCAGCGCUUGCCUACGAUCGCGGAUCGCGCCGCGCUGCCGUAUACAGAAGCGCUCAUCAUGGAGCUCAUGCGCUGGGCGCCACCGAUCCCGCUCACCUCUCGUCCAUUAUCGGGCGAUCAAGUAUACGACGGCUAUCUUCUACCCAAGGGUUCAACCGUCAUUGCGAACAUAUGGGCCAUGACCCACGACCCCGAACGCUAUCCAAGCCCAGACGACUUUCGCCCGGAGCGAUUCUUCGAUGACACGAGGUCGGACUCGAUGACCAUGGGGGAUGCCGAACCCGGCGCCCUGCUUCGCCUCGAAAGCGCACGCAAAGAGCUCCGUCGAGCCGUCUUCGGCUUCGGCAGACGGGUCUGUCCCGGGAGAUUCUACGCGGACGCCUGGCUGUGGAUCACGCUCAGCUCAACGCUGGCUGUGACCGAGAUCACCUCGCCGUCUACAGACGUCCCCCACGUCGAGGUUGAAGACGGCGCGAUCUUGCAGCUGAAGCCGUUUCCAUGUUCCGUGUCUCCUCGAUUCGACGGCGCGGCGGAGUUGGUUGCCAAAGACGUCGAGGUGGAGGGAUGUUAAGCCUCAUCUCGACACAAACAGCACCGGAGUAUGAUAUGAGCGACUGGUCCAGAAUCGAAGCAGAAGUCGCGUUUAGAGCCCAGUUCCGAGGUGACGUCGCGGAAACGUACUUAUGGACCGUUCUCAUCGACCACAGCGUCGCGGAGCCGAGUUGCGUGUUGUGUACUGAUAUGU